AAAAAGGAAGCAAUCCUGUCAGUUACUGUGUGGUGGUGCUCAAGUUUCUGUCACAUUCAGCAGGUGAAGUUCUCUAAAAUACAUUGCAAAAAAUUGGGGACUUUUCAUUAAAUCAUAGAAAAUACACCUUUUUUUCUCCUGGGAGCCAAAGAUAUUUUAGAGAAGAAUUAAUCUUUCAUUUCUCCAGUUUAAUGUUUUCUAACAAUGAGAGUCAUGCAAAUAGAGGUUUCCACCUGCUUCUUUCUGUGCCUUUGGCAAUUCAGCUUCAGUGCCACCAGAAGAUACUACCUGGGUGCAGUGGAACUGUCCUGGGACUAUAUACAUCAUGACCAGUUCGACGAGCUGCACAUGGACACAAGAUUUCCUUCUAGAGUGCCAAGACCUUUUCCAUUCAACACCUCAGUCAUGUACAAAAAGACUGUGUUUGUAGAGUUCACGGAUCACCUUUUCAACAUCGCCAAGCCCAAGCCAUCCUGGAUGGGUCUACUGGGUCCUACCAUCCAGGCUGAAGUUUAUGACACAGUGGUCAUAACACUUAAGAACAUGGCUUCUCAUCCUGUUAGUCUUCAUGCUAUUGGUGUAUCCUACUGGAAAUCAUCUGAGGGAGUGGAAUAUGAUGACCAUACUAGCCAAAGGGAGAAAGAAGAUGAUAAAGUCUUCCCUGGUGAGAGCCAUACCUAUGUCUGGCAGGUCCUGAAAGAGAAUGGGCCAAUGGCUUCUGACCCACCGUGUCUGACUUACUCAUAUCUUUCUCAUGUGGACCUGGUAAAAGACUUGAAUUCUGGCCUUAUUGGAACUCUUCUGGUAUGUAAAGAAGGGAGUCUGGCCAAGGAAAGGACACAGACCUUAUACAAAUUUGUGCUACUUUUUGCUGUAUUUGAUGAAGGGAAAAGUUGGCAUUCAGAAACAAAGGAUUCCUCAAUGCAAGAUACAGAUACUGCAUCUGCUCAGGCCUGGCCUAAAAUGCACACAGUCAAUGGAUAUGUAAAUAGAUCUCUGCCAGGUCUUAUUGGAUGUCACAAGAAAUCAGUCUAUUGGCAUGUGAUUGGAAUGGGUACCACUCCUGAAGUUCACUCAAUAUUCCUUGAAGGCCACACAUUUCUUGUGAGGAACCAUCGCCAGGCCUCCUUAGAGAUCUCACCAAUAACUUUCCUUACUGCUCAGACACUCUUGCUAGACCUUGGAGAGUUUCUACUGUUUUGCCACAUAUCUUCCCAUGAACAUGAUGGCAUGGAAGCUUAUGUUAAAGUACAUAGCUGCCCAGAAGAACCUCAAAUACGGAUGAAAAACAAUGAAGAAGAGGAAGAUUAUAAUAAUGAUUUUGAUAAUGCUGAAAUGGAUGUGCUCAGGUUUGAUGAUGACAACUCUCCUUCCUUUAUGCAAAUUCGCUCAGUUGCUAAGAAGUACCCUAAAAUUUGGGUACAUUACAUUGCUGCACAAGAGGAAGACUGGGACUAUGCUCCCUCAGUCCUCACCCCUGAUGAUAGAAGUUAUAAAAGUCAAUAUUUGAAAAAUGGCCCUCAGCGGAUUGGUAGGAAGUAUAAAAAAGUUCGAUUUAUAGCAUACACAAAUGAAACCUUUAAGACUCGUAAAGCCAUUCAGUAUGAAUCAGGAAUACUGGGACCUUUACUUUAUGGAGAAGUUGGAGACACACUGUUGAUUAUAUUUAAGAAUCAAGCAAGCCGACCAUAUAACAUCUACCCUCAUGGAAUCACUGAUGUCAGACCUUUGCACUCAGGGAGGUUACCAAAAGGUGUAAAACAUCUGAAAGAUUUACCAAUUCUGCCAGGAGAAAUAUUCAAGUAUAAAUGGACAGUGACUCUAGAAGAUGGGCCAACUAAAUCAGAUCCUCGAUGUCUGACUCGAUAUUAUUCUAGUUUCAUUAAUCUGGAGAGAGAUCUAGCUUCAGGACUCAUUGGCCCUCUCCUCAUCUGCUACAAGGAGUCUGUAGAUCAAACAGGAAACCCGAUGAUGUCAGACAAGAGAAAUGUUAUCCUGUUUUCUGUAUUUGAUGAGAAUCGAAGCUGGUACCUCACAGAGAAUAUGCAACAUUUCCUCCCCAACGCAACUGUAGUGCAGCCCCAGGAUCCAGAGUUCCAAUCCUCCAACAUCAUGCACAGUAUCAAUGGCUAUGUUUUUGACAGCUUGCAGUUGUCAGUUUGUUUGCAUGAGGUGGCAUACUGGUACAUUCUAAACAUUGGAGCACAGACUGACUUCCUUUCUGUGUUCUUCUCUGGAUAUACCUUCAAACACAAAAUGGUCUAUGAAGACACGCUUACCCUAUUCCCAUUCUCAGGAGAAACUGUUUUCAUGUCAAUGGAAAACCCAGGUCUGUGGGUUCUGGGGUGCCACAACUCAGACUUUCGGAACAGAGGCAUGACAGCCUUACUGAAAGUUUCUAGUUGUGAUGGGAAGACUGAUGAUUAUCAUGAGGACACAUAUGAAGAUAUUUCAACAUACUUUCUAAGUGAAAACAACAUCAUUGAACCCAGAAGCUUCUCCCAGAAUUCAAGGCACCCUAGCAUUAGACAAAAUCAAUUCAAAGCCACCACAAUUCCAGAAAAUGACAUACAGAAGAUGGACCCUCAGUUUGGAGAGAGAACACAGAUGUUUAAAGUACAAAGUGCCUCCCCUAGUGACUUGCUGAUGUUCGUGGAACAGAGUCCUACUCCACAUGGAUUAUCUUUAUCUGAUCUCCAAGCAGUCACAUUUAAGGCUAUUCCAGAUGAUCAUUCACUUGGAACAAUGGACAGUAAGAAGGGCUCAUCUGAAGUGGUACAUCUCACACCAGAGAUCCAUCACAGUGGGGACAUAGUAUUUACUCCAGAACCAGGCCUCAAAUUAACACUUAAUGAGAAUUUUGGGACAACUAUAGCAGUGGAGUUGAAGAAAAUUGAUUUAAAAGUUUCUAGUUCAUCAAAUAAUCUAAUGACUGCACCAGCAAUUCCAUCAGACAAUCUAACAGCAAGUACUGAAAAGAUGGGUUCUGUAGGACCCCCACGUAUGCUAGUUCACUUUGAUAGCAAAUUAGAUACUACUGUAUUUGGCAAAAAUUUAUUUGCCCUUAUUGGGUCUAGUGUACCUUUGAUCUUGAGUGAGGGGAAUAAUGCUGACAAGACAUUGGAAACUGCUUUAAAAAAUAGUCAAGAAAGUUCACUGGGAAAAAAAUUAUCAUCAGUGGAGAAAGAUAGGUUAUUUAAAGAGAAAGUAGCUCAGGAACCUGCUUCAUUGACCAAAGAUAAUGCUUUAUUCAUAGUAAAUAUCUCUUUGGUAAAGGCAAACAUGACAUCCAAUAAUUCAACAGCUAAUAGAAAGACUCACAUUGAUAGCCUAGCAUUAUUAAAUGAGAAUAGUACCUCAGUCUGGCAAGAAAAUGAUACUGAGUUUCAAGAACUAGUGUCCUUGGUUCAUGAUAAAAUAUUUAUGGACAAAAAUAGUAUGGCUUUGAGGCUAAAUCAUGUGUCAAAUAAAACUAUAUCAUCAAAAUAUGUAGAAAUGGUCCACCAAACAAAAGAUGGCCCCAUGUCACCAGAUACAGAAAUGUCAUUCUUCAAGAUGUUAUUCUUUCCACAAUCAGCAAAUUGGAUAAAAAGGACCCAUGGAAAGAAUUCCCCGAACUCUGGGCAAGGCCCCAGCCCAAAGCAAUUAAUAUCUUUAGGAUCAGAAAAAUCAGUGAAAGAUCAGAAUUUCUUGUCAGAGAAGAAUAAAAUGGUAGUAGGAGAGGAUGAAUUUACAAAGGACACAAGACUCAAAGAGAUGGCUUUUCCAAGUAGCAGGAACAUAUUUCUUACUAACUUGGCUAAUGUACACAAAAAUGAUACAAGCAAUCAAGAAAAAAAACUUCAGAAAGAAAUAGAAAGGAAGAAAACAUUAAUCCAAGAGAAUGUACUGUUGCCUCAGGUGUAUACAGUGACUGACACUAAGAAUUUUAUGAAGAAUCUUUUCUUACAGAGCACUAGGCAAAAUGUACAAGGUUUAGAUGAGGGGGCUUAUACUUCAGUACUUCAAGAAAACAGGUCAUUAAAUGUUUCAGCAAAUAGAACAGAGACUCACAUGGCCCAUUUCUCAAAAAAAAGAGAGGAAGAAAACUUAGAAGGCUGGGGAAAUCAGAUGAAGCAAAUGGUAGAGAAGUAUCCAGGAACCCCAAGGAUGCCUCCUAAUCCAAGCCCCCAUAAUGUUAUCAUUCGACGUGGUAAGCGGGCUUUGAAACAAUUUAGACUCCCACUGGAAGAAAUACAGCUUAAAAAGGAACUAAUUAUGGAUGACACCUCAACCCAGUGGUCCAAAAAUAGGAAAUAUAUGACACAGGGCACCCUCACACAGGUAGACUAUAAGAAGGAGAAAAAGGACAUUACUCAGUCUACUUUAUUAGAUUGUUUUAUGAAUAACUCUGCAUUAGCCAUUGCAAAGUUAUCAGUAUUUCCAUCUAUUAGACUUGCAGAUCUUAUCAGGGUCCCAUCCCAAGACAACUCUUCUCAUUUUCUAGUAUCUGCCUAUAGGAAGAAAAGUUCUGGAGUCCAAGAAAGCAGCCAUUUUUUACAAGGAGGCAAAAGUAAUGACCCUUGUUUAGCUGUCCUAACUUUGGAUAUGAUUGGUAAUCAAAGAAAAAUUCACUCCCUGGAGACAAGUGCUGCAAACUCAGCUACAUACAAGAAACUUGAGGACACUGUUCCCUUGAAACCAGGCUUGCCUGAAGCAUCUUGGAAAGAUGAAUUGCUUCCAAAAAUUCACAUUCAUCAGAAGAACCUUUUCCCUAUGGAAACUAGCAGUGGGUCUCCUGGCCGUCUGAAUCUCAUGGAAGAUAUUUUUUUUCAGAAAACACAGAGAGCUAUUAAAUGGAAUAAAACAAAUAGAUUUGGAGAAGUUCCCUUUUUGAAAGUGACAACAGAAAGGUCUGAAAAGACUCCCUCCAAGCUUCUGAGUCCUUUUGCUUGGAAUAACCAGAUGCUAAAAGAAAAGUGGAAAUCCCAAGAGAAGUCAACAGAAAACACAACAUUAAAGUCAAAGGACAUCAUUUUGACCCUGAACAUACAUGAAAGCAAUCAUGAAAUAGCAACAGUAAACAAGGGACAAGAUAGACCCCAAAGAGAAGCCACUUGGGCAAAACAAGGAGAGAAUGGAAGGUUGUGCUCUCAAAACCCACUAGUCUUGACACGCCAUCGAAGGGAAAUAACCCUUACUACUCUUCCGCCAGAUCAAGAAGAAAUUGACUAUGAUGACACCAUCUCAACUGAAACAAAAAGGGAAGAUUUUGACAUUUAUGAUGAAGAUGAAAAUCAGAGCCCCCGCAGCUUUCAAAAGAAAACACGACACUAUUUUAUUGCUGCAAUAGAGCGGCUCUGGGAUUAUGGAAUUAGUGGAUUCCCCCAUGCUGUAGGAGACAGGGCUCAGAGUGGCAGAGUCCCUCAGUUCAAGAAGGCGGUUUUCCAGGAAUUUACUGAUGGCUCCUUUACUCAGCCAUUAUACCGUGGAGAACUAAAUGAACACUUAGGACUCUUGGGGCCAUAUAUAAGAGCAGAAGUUGAAGACAAUAUUGUGGUAACUUUCAAAAAUCAGGCCUCUCGUCCCUAUUCCUUCUAUUCUAGCCUUAUUUCUUAUGAGGAAGAUCAGAGACAAGGAGCAGAACCUAGAAAAAACUUUGCCAAGCCUAAUGAAACCAAAACUUACUUUUGGAAAGUGCAACAUCAUAUGGCACCCACUAAGGAUGAGUUUGACUGCAAAGCCUGGGCGUAUUUCUCUGAUGUUGACUUGGAAAAAGAUAUACACUCAGGCUUGAUUGGACCUAUUCUGAUCUGCCACUCUAACACACUGAACCCUGCUCAUGGGAGACAAGUGACAGUACAGGAAUUUGCUCUGUUUUUCACUAUCUUUGAUGAGACCAAGAGCUGGUACUUCACUGAAAACAUUGAAAGGAACUGCAGGGCUCCCUGCAACAUGGAAGACCCAACUUUUAAAGAGAAUUAUCGCUUCCAUGCAAUCAAUGGUUAUGUGAUGGAUACACUACCUGGCUUAGUGAUGGCUGAGGAUCAAAGGAUCCGAUGGUAUCUGCUCAGCAUGGGCAGCAAUGAAAACAUCCAUUCUAUUCACUUUAGUGGACAUGUGUUUACUGUACGGAAAAAAGAAGAGUAUAAAAUGGCAGUGUACAACCUCUAUCCAGGUGUUUUUGAGACAGUGGAAAUGCUACCAUCCAAAGCUGGAAUUUGGCGGGUAGAAUGCCUUAUUGGAGAGCACCUACAUGCUGGGAUGAGCACUCUUUUUCUGGUGUACAGCAAGCAGUGUCAAAAUCCACUGGGAAUGGCUUCUGGACACAUUCGAGAUUUUCAGAUUACAGCUUCAGGACAAUAUGGACAAUGGGCCCCAAAGCUGGCAAGACUUCAUUUUUCUGGAUCAAUCAAUGCCUGGAGCACCAAGGAGCCCUUUUCCUGGAUCAAGGUGGAUCUGUUGGCACCAAAGAUUAUCCAUGGCAUCAAGACCCAGGGUACCCGUCAGAAGUUCUCCAGCCUCUACAUCUCUCAGUUCAUCAUCAUGUAUAGUCUUGAUGGGAAGAAGUGGCAGACUUACCGAGGAAAUUCCACUGGGACCUUAAUGGUCUUCUUUGGCAAUGUGGACUCAUCUGGGAUAAAACACAAUGUUUUCAACCCUCCAAUUAUUGCUCAGUACAUCCGUUUGCACCCAACUCAUUAUAGUAUCCGCAGCACUCUUCGUAUGGAAUUGAUUGGCUGUGAUUUAAACAGUUGCAGCAUGCCAUUGGGAAUGGAGAGUAAAAAAAUAUCAGAUGCACAGAUUACUGCCUCAUCCUACCUCACCAAUAUGUUUGCUACCUGGGCUCCUUCACAAGCGCGACUUCACUUCCAGGGGAGGACUAAUGCCUGGAGACCUCAGGUGAAUAAUCCAAAAGAAUGGCUGCAAGUAGACUUCCAGAAGACAAUUAAAGUCACAGGAAUAACAACCCAGGGAGUGAAAUCUCUCCUUACCAGCAUGUAUGUGAAGGAGUUCCUCAUCUCCAGCAGUCAAGAUGGCCAGCGCUGGACUCUCUUUUUUCAGAAUGGCAAAGUAAAGGUUUUUCAGGGAAAUCAAGACUCCUUCACACCUGUGGUGAACUCUCUAGACCCACCUCUACUGACCCGCUAUAUUAGAAUUCACCCUCAGAGCUGGGUGAACCAGAUUGCCCUGAGACUAGAGGUUCUGGGUUGUGAGGCGCAGCCACUCUACUGAGGGUCUCCAGUCUGUUCCUUAACUUGAGGGCAGCGUCCCUCUCAGGCUUGCCUUCUACUUUUGUGUCAGACCUUCAGGUUACUUCCAGCUCCACAGUGUCCAGGAUACCAUCUUUUUUUUUUUUUAAUGUAUUUAAAUUAUACAAUGUUGCGAAACCUCCCAAGUUAAUUGUCAUUAAUCCUGCGUUUCCUGAGGCUGUUGGAGCCAAUUUAACU